GACAUCCGCUCUGCAAAGCUCAGUUACCAACAUGGAGUCUGUUACGGUGGAUCUGCCCUCCAUGGCGUCGAACGUGUCGUCUGAAAGCUGUGCGGCGGUGGAUACGACAGUUGAAAACAUGCUGUUUGGAUGUUUCUACAUCCUGGUUUUCUUCCUGGCGCUGAACGGCAACAGCUUGGCUCUCUGGAUCUUCUCUCACCAGCGUGGCGCUUCUUCUCCAGCUAACAUCUUCCUGAUUCAUCUGGCUGUGGCGGAUUUAUCGUACGUGAUCAUCCUCCCGCUGAGGGCCACGUACCAUCUCACCAGGGGCCACUGGCCCUUUGGCGAGGUACCCUGCAGAUUAGCGGGCUUCUUGUUUUAUGUCAACAUGUACGCCAGCCUGUACUUCCUGGCCUGCGUGGCCGGAGAUCGUUACCUGGCUGUGGUUCACGCUGUGAGGUCGCUGAAGAUUCGCCGUGCUCGCUACGCUCACAUCAUCAGCUUCUCUCUGUGGGCGCUGGUUACUGUCUCCAUGGCGCCACUCUUGAUCACCCACCAGACUGCAGAGGUGGAUGGCGUGACGGUGUGUUUGCAGCUGUACAGAGAGAAGGCCUCUCGUAAUGCUCUGAUCUCGUUGGCUGUUGCGUUCACUCCGCCUUUCCUCGCCACUCUGUGCUGCUACCUGCUCAUCAUUCACAGCCUGCACCGGGGCUCCCGGUUAGAGCCGGCCCUCAAGAUGAGAGCGCUGCGCACCAUCGGUCUGGUCAUGCUCAUCUACGUCGUCUGUUUCCUGCCGUAUCACGUGAGCCGGGCCACUUUCAUCCUGGGCUACAGUCAUCCUGCCGUCUCGUGUCAGACACGCAGAGGCCUGAGCCUGGCCAACCGUCUCACCUCCUCGCUCACCUGCCUCAACGGCGCCAUGGACCCGCUCAUCUACCUGUUCGGGGCGGAGAAGUUUCGCGGCACUCUGAUCCGAUUGUUUUGCAAAGAUCAGGCAGGAGUAUCGGGAGCCACCAGCGGAGAGUUAAAGGGAACACACGAGAGCUCUGUGAGCGCCAAGUCGGAGUUUUGA